AUGCCUAAAGUUGCUAUAGCUGGAGCUGGUCUAGUUGGUGCCCUGAACGCAUGCUACUUUGCACAACGUGGUUGGGAUGUGGAAGUGUACGAAUACAGACGAGACAUACGAACAAUGGACCAUGUGCCCGGCCGUAGCAUCAACCUGGCGCUAUCACAAAGGGGAAAGUGUGCGCUCGAAGAGGUUGGAUUGAAAGACUACAUUGUUGAGCAAGGUGUUGCCUUGUAUGCCCGAUUGGUCCACAAUAUCGAUGGUAAAACAUUCAGUCGUCAGCCGUACGGACAACCAGGAGAGCAUAUCGUCUCGAUAAACCGGCGACAUUUGAAUGAGGUGCUGAUAACUCAAGCAGAAAGCAGCAAAAAAGUGCGAUUCUUUUUCGAGCACAAGGUCCGAAGUGUCGAUCUAGACAAGAAGGAAUUGCAUGUUUCCUUCAUUGGAGGUUCACGGAUACCUCGGCCAGGGCAAUCCGCAAGCAGUGCAAAGGGAACCGAUAUCGUCGUGAAAGCCGAUUUGGUUAUAGCCUGCGAUGGAGCAUAUUCAGCUGUAAGGAAAAGUCUUGCCAAUCAACCAAGAUUCGACUACUCACAAGAAUACAUUGGACACGGAUACCUUGAGUUGAAUAUUCUGCCCAAAAAUGGGGAGUAUGCACUUGAGCCGAAUGUAUUCCAUGUAUGGCCUCGAGGGCAGCUCACUUUGAUUGCAUUGGCAAAUCGCGACAAAACAUUCACAGGUCAGUUCUUCACAAGUUCACAGUUUCGAGCUAUCGCUGCACUGCCUAGCAGUCCUCCUUUCGUGCCCUGGCGGUUUGCCCGACAUCAUCACACACGGGGUAAGGCAAUAGCAGAGAAAGGUUAUCGCAAAGCAAGAAAUACCACCUAA